CCGGGAGCGGCGGGAGAGAAAGUUCGUCGGCGCCUCUUCUUAAUGCACCUGGCCGGGGCUCCCGGGCGUCAACGAAGAGGAGGGCUGUGAAAGCAGUUCAGCGGCCGGGCAGAGGCGUCGGAGGCAGCGGCGGCGAUGCCCGCAAUCCGACUGGCGGCUCGCCUGGGCUCGAAAGGUCCUCCGACUGGAGCACCGCGGGGGCGUGUGGCGAUGGAGUCUCGCCGCUGCCCUUAGCGGCCAGUAGGCGCAAGAUACAGCGGGCAGCCGUCGAUCGUGGACUCCAUGCCCUUUGCCCAGGAGCUGCACCAUGGGGAGUCCCUUCUGGCACCUUGUCUUGCUGGGCUGCUCUGCCGUGGCUGCAGGACUGAGCCGCAUUGCUGGAGCUGGGUCCCACUGUGAGAAGGCAUGCAAUCCUCGGAUGGGAAACCUAGGGUAUGGACGUAAAUUGUGGACAGAUACAAAAUGCGGGGGCAACUCCACAGAGUAUUACUGUUCCUACAACGAGAAUGUAGACCUCAUAUGCACAUGGCCUAAGUGUAGCAAAUGCAAUUCCAUGCAUUCCCAUCAGGCUCACCCACCUUCUGCCAUGGUUGACUCUUCCUUCAAGUUGCCACACACAUGGUGGCAAUCAGCACAGGGGGUACACAGGGAGAAGAUCCAGCUGAACUUGGAAACUGAGUUUUAUUUCACUCAUUUAAUCAUGGUGUUCAAGUCACCAAGACCAGCAGCCAUGGUCUUGGAGAGAUCUCAGGAUUUUGGGAAAACAUGGAAGCCUUACAAAUAUUUCUCCACUAACUGCUCAGCAACCUUUGGGCUGGAUGAUGACAUAAGCAAGAAAGGGGCAAUUUGCACUUCAAGAUACUCUGGUCAUUUUCCCUGCAGUGGAGGAGAGGUUAUAUAUCGAGCUCUGUCACCACUUAAUCCUACUGAUGACCCUUACAGUCCUGAAGCUCAGGCACAGUUGAAGAUCACUAACCUUCGAGUACGGCUGCUUAAGCGACAAUCCUGCCCUUGCUACAGCAAUGACCUGAACACAAAACCUCCGCAGCUAGCCUACUACGCAGUCUAUGAUUUUAUUGUAAAGGGGAGCUGCUUUUGUAAUGGUCAUGCAGAUCAUUGUGGGCCCAUCAAAGGAUUUAGGCCUGUUAAAGCUGCAGGAGUCUUCCAUGUGGUUCACGGAAGAUGCAUGUGCAAACACCAUACUGCAGGAACUCAUUGUCAACAUUGUGCUCCCCUCUACAAUGACCAGCCCUGGAAACCUGCAAAUGGCAAAACCGGAGCCCCAAAUGAAUGCAGAUCCUGUAAGUGCAAUGGGCAUUCUGAUACUUGUCACUUUGACAUGGAAACAUGGCUGGCAUCAGGGAACCGAAGUGGUGGCAUCUGCGAUAAUUGUCAACAUAAUACUGAAGGACGACACUGCCAGCGGUGCAAACCAGGCUACUACCGAGACCUCAGGAAGCCCUUUUCUGCCCCAGAUGCCUGUAAACUAUGCGCCUGUCACCCAGUUGGAUCAACUGCACAUCCCCUUAACAAAGGCAUCUUCUGUGAUCCCAGCAAUGGUGAUUGUCCCUGCAAACCUGGAGUGGCUGGUCCUCAGUGUGAUAGGUGCAUGAUAGGAUACUGGGGCUUUGGAAGUUAUGGCUGCCGACCAUGCGAUUGUGCUGGAAGCUGUGACUCAUCAAGUGGUGACUGCAUCAACAGCAGUGCAGACGUAGACUGGUACUAUGGAAUCGCUGGGUUAUACUCUGCAUAUAACAAGAGUGAGCCAGCAUGGGGCUGGGAAGAUGAACAAGGAUACUCUGCCCUUCGUCAUUCAGGAAAAUGUGAAUGUAAAGACCAAGCUUUACGAAAUUCCAAGAUCUUCUGUGGCAUGAAAUAUACAUAUGUGUUGAAGGCAAAGAUUUUGUCUGCUCAUGAUAAAGGCUCCCAUGCUGAGGUUAAUGUGAAGAUUCAAAAAGUAUUGAAAUCUACAAAGCUUAAGAUUUUCCGAGGAAAACGGAUCCUUUACCCAGAAUCAUGGACUAACAGAGGUUGUACUUGCCCAAUACUUAAUCCUGGUUUGAAAUACCUAGUUGCUGGAUAUGAAGAUGUUCAAGAUGGUAAACUGAUAGUCAAUAUGAAAAGUUUUGUUCAGCGGUGGAAACCAGCUCUGGGGAAAAAAGUCUUGGAGAUUUUAAAAGAAUGUAGCUGAAAAUGCCAAAUAUGGCAUCUUUAUGCAAAGUUAAUAGAAAGAAGAUUUCUAAAUAUGAAAACUGGAAUGUAAGGGAAUAGUGCCAAAUGUGUGUCAAGAUUUACCACCUUUCACCUUGAUUCUAGACACAUUUGUCCUAAUUGUUAGGCCUAUGAAGAAACAGUGUUUGUGAGAGAAACUCCCAUUCAAGAAUUGGGGAUUCCUCCAGCAGCCUCACUUGCAUGUGCAAUUGAAUUCAGAAUGUGUAAUAUAUCCAGCAAUCAGCGAAUGCAGCUGCUCUUCUGGAGUCUCUCCCAUUCCACUUUCCCACCAUUCAUCAGUUCGUUGUGGGAAAGCGUCUUUGUAAACAGAACUUCAUUCAUAGGUCUUCUCUAUAUUGAGCCAACCUGUUCUGCUUGGAAGUAAGGACCACUGAGUCAGAAAACAUGGUUUAUAAUACCUUAAAUUAGGUAUUAAUAGUCAAUAGUGAUUUGGUGACCAGUUUUAUAAGUGCUUUAUUGGCCCAUACUGAGGUAUGUGGGACUUGCACCACUUGAAUUAUUUGAAAGUUAAAACCUCCAUUUUCAUUUCCUGCAAAAGGAUGUGUGUAGACCACUGUUGGACAAAAUGACUAUCAGAGUUUGUUUCAGUGUAAAUCUUCAAGCAAAUCAGUGAAGUCAGUAGAAUAUUACAGGCAUGGACACUACACAUAUAUUAAUGGGAAAACUCCACUGGAAACUUAUGUCCCAUUGAUCUCAGUGUGACUAAAUUCGAUCAGACCCAAGCUGUAAAGCCUAGUUAUGUCAUACCUUUAUCAGUAAAACAAGCCCCAAUCCCUCUGUGUGACAUUCUUUAAAAAUGUUUCAUAGAAUUUUCAUUUCCAGCAGGUAAAGAUGCUGGAUCAAAUUAUCCAGUUAAAACAAUCAAAAUUUGUUAAAGCUAGAGUUUAUUUUCCAGCUUUUAAGUCAGCUUUCAUGAAAAUAGAACUUCUCCUUUCAUCAUAAAUUUGGUUUUAAGGAAAGACUGGUUCCAUUAACACACCUAAGAUGCAUUACACACACUUAAGUAUUUAAUUACAUAAAGCACUUUAACUGUCUGGCCCAUUCCAGUGUGAACAUUCUUAUUCUGGAAAACAGGCUACCUACAAGUGCAGAACCCAUAAGUAUAAUGCACAGAGACCACAAAGAAAAAGAUGGCACAAGAAAAAAUAAUAUUAGCACAGGAGCACUCCAAAAAUGGAUAAAAGAUGUUUCUUUCAUCUGGCACUGGCCACUCCAAAAAGCUAAGUAAUUUUUGAAAAAUGAAAAUAUUUGCACUGAAACCCUAAUUUCAGACUAAUAAUUUAAUUCUGUGGAUAUCAGCUGCGAUGAACUAUAUAAACUACAAAAAUCUUAAAAUUUUGAAAUGUGAUGGAGUUGUUCAUAACUUAUGCUGGACUUAGCCUUUGUUUUAUAGUAUUUAAACUUGAACAGUAAGUUUGUUUUCUUAUGUUUCUACAAGCAAUGCAUACUUAUCCAAACUAGUGUACAUUUAUGGGAUAUAUCAAGAACUAUGCCAUUUUCAUCACUAGAUUGUGCACUUCUGUUAAUAUAUCUUUAAACUAGCACAGAAAUAUGGGGUGUGUGUAUAGAUAUAUAUGAAAAAUAAGGAAGCACUACAAUGUCAUUUAAAACAAACAAGAUGUCACAUUGGUCCAUGGAUUGUAUGUGUAUAGUCUAUUGUGUUCCUGUGGAUUCACAAAAAUGAUGCUGUUUUCAAAUGUUUUUGUAUGUUAUGUACAUAAUAAAUAUACUAUAUUUAAAUUGA